GAUAAUUUACAUUACUCUGAAAGAUCGGAUCACACCUAUAAUACGACUGCCUCACCUUAGUAGCUACAUAUAAUACUAAUGUUGUUUUAAAAGCGUGAAUUUUCCCACACUAAAUAAAUAAUAAUGCAACCUUUUUUCAAGCUUAUUAUCUCAUUGCCCACUAAUAAAUGGUCAUUGUUACCAUUAGCUUCCUUGUUCGAUGGAUCAACGCCUGUUUUAUUUCUUCCUUCCCCUAUUUUCCUUGCUGUUCCUGUUUCUUCUUUCCAAAUUCCUUCUUCAAGAUCACAAAAAUAACAAAAACCUUCCUCCAGCCCCUUUUUCUUUCCCCAUAAUCGGUCAUCUGCAUCUAAUCCAUGAUCCAUUACACCGAGUUUUGCAGGCACUUAGUUUAAAAUACGGCCACGCUUUCAUCCUUCGGUUAGGUUCCUGCCCGGUUCUUGUUCUAUCCUCAUCAUCCAUUGUCGAAGAAUGCUUUACACAAAUCGACGUUUUCGAAUACCAACCAUGUGCUACCAUAGAAAAGCACAUGAAACACGACUACACCUCCAUGAUUACAACCCAUUAUGACCCUUAUUGGCGCAAACUCCGCCAUAUCACCACCAUCGAACUCUUCUCGAUUACACGACUCAACACGUAUACAAAUGUCCGGCUAGAUGAAAGCCGCUCAUUGAUCAAGACUCUAUUGCUGGGAAUUCUGCAUAAUAAUUUCACAAGGGUGGAGUUGAGGCCACGGUUGCAAGAUAUGUCAUUUAGCAUUAUCAUGAGAAUUGUUUCAGGGAAAAGGCACUUUGGUCCAGAAAUCGACGAGUUGACGGAGGCUCUGAACUUCCGUCAGAUGAUUACUGAAUUCGCUAAAGCUCGGCAUGUGUCGUAUCCAAAAGAAUUUUUGCCAUUCAUGCAGUGGAUUGAUAUUGAUGGUAUGAAGAAGACAUUACUGAGAUUAAAGGCAAAAAAUGAUGCAUUUUCAAAAGAUUUGUUAGAUGAAUUCAGGAAGAAAGAUGGUGUUUCUAACAAGAAAAUGAUUGACGCCAUGCUUUCUUUACAAGAAUCACUGCCUGAAAAAUAUUCUGAUCAGAUACUCAAGGGCAUUAUGUUGACAUUGUUACUUGUUGGUACGGAUAAUUCUGCAGCGACGAUUGAAUGGGCAAUGUCGCUUCUCUUGAACCAUCCACUUGUUCUUCAAAAAGCUCAAAUCGAGGUCGAUAAAAAUGUUGGACAAGACCACUUAAUACAAGAAAGUGAUCUUCAUAAGCUAAAAUACCUACAAAAUAUAGUCAACGAGACGCUCAGAUUAUAUCCUCCAUGGCCACUCUUCGUGCCACAUGAGUCUUCUAAUGAGUGCACCAUUGGAGGCUACAAUAUACCAUGUGGAACAAUGUUAUUAGUGAACACAUGGGCUAUCCAUAGGGACCCAAAGGUGUGGGAUGGCCCUACAAGUUUCAGACCAGAAAGGUUUGAAAGAUCAGUUGAUAAAGGGUAUAAUUAUAUGCCUUUUGGGAUUGGAAGGAAGCAAGGGCUUGGAGCCGGUCUAGCUAAUAGAGUGGUUGGUAUGGCUUUGGGUUCAUUGAUUCAGUGUUUUGAUUGGGAAAGGGUUCGUGAAAAGUUGGUUGAUUUAAAUGAAGCUAAAGGGUUAACAAUGAUAAAGAAUGAACCAUUAGAGGCCAUGUGUAAAGCAAGAGAGUGUAUGUUUAAGGUUCUAUCAAAAGUAUUAGAUGAUUCGUAGAUCUUUCA